AUGACGACUGCCUUGGCAGAUAGCUCUGGUAACUAUGAAAAGUAGCAGAUGGAAUUGAGCCAGAGUUGCUGUAGCUCUGGUUUGGACCAUUCAGGAGAUACCUUUGAGCCCUUCAGUGAGGAGGAGUAAGCCUGCUGGCAGUGAGAAGGCAAACCAUCUGAAUCGUGUUGUUCCACAGAGGAUUUAGAGGGGUCUGCUGUGUCAAAUACGUUGGAAAGCAUGUCGUGGUUGGCAGGCCGAAAUCAUGCAGAUGAGCAGUCUGAAGUAGCAGAUUCUGCAGCUAUAGGAAGAGAUGUCAUGGGAAAACGGAUUGAUCUGGAAGAUAAAGAAGCUGGCAUUAAGCAAGAUAGAUCUGUCAUCAAAACUCACGCUGUUGUUAUUCUGUGUUAUUUAGAUUUAUACCUGACAGAAAUUACUGAAUUACUAGAUGGAGAACUAGAUGCUCUCCGGUCUUUUUGCACCAUUAAGAUAAGUAAGAUGCAUCAGCAGCUGAUCUCUAAGCAGGCAAACGGUGGCAAGUCAAGAAAGCUGCAGCACGGAUUCACAGCAAAGAAACCGGAGACAAGCGAUUUGAACUGCAUUGUUCCUGGUCAGCUAAUGAACAGAAUCUGCCUCAAAAAUAUCAGAGAAACUGUUAAACAGGUGACAGAAGCUCAAAUCCACGAAUCUUCAGUGUGCCCUGACUGUCAGAAGAAGGAAGCAGAGCUAGCCAAGAUUACCUUUAUCAGACGAAAGAAGAUUCUAAUGGAAAGUGCUUUAAUCCAAGAGAAAUUGGAAGAACAGAUUUGCUGCAGAGAUGUACUUACACUUAUAGGAGAAGCACUCGGAAGCUUUCCCAAACCUUUAGAGGAUCCCAGGAACUUAUGGCAAAGGCUGAAAGGUCAGAGAAUUGUGGAGAAGAAACAAGAGGAGGAAUUAGAGACUUUCAUGAAGUUGCAAGGUGAUGAUCUCACUGGGAUCACAGACGUGGCUCACAUGACCAGAGUGCUGCUGUGGAAGCUCAGUAUGGUCAUUGAUGACUUAGAUGAUGAGAUAGAGUGGACACUCAGCAGGUUUGAAAAUGAUACAAAACUAGGAGUGGUGGCUGAUAAGCCAGAUAGUUGUGCUGCCAUUCAGAGGGGUCUCAACAGCCUGGAGAAGUGGACGAAGAGGAACCUCAUGAAGUUCAGCAAGGGGAAAUGCAAAGACCUGCCCCUGGGGAGGAACAGCCUCAGGCACAA